AUGUCAUUCACUAGAAGUCGAUCUGUUAUCCCCUUCCAGUACAAGAUUUUUGAUUCUUCCCUUGUAUCAGUCAUGAGCGUGAAAGACCUAGGUAUACUUUACAACCCUACUCUGGAUUUUCACUCACACAUUGAAUCUUCGUGUUGUAGGGCACUAAAAGUGCUAGGAUUUGUGAAGCGAAUAGCUUCCGAAUUCAAGCUGGAAUCAUCGUUAAAAGUGCUCUAUUGUUCCUUAGUUAGAUCUAUUGUAGAAUAUGGUUCCGUGUUAUGGGACCCACAUACAACCUCUAGCUCCCUCCAACUAGAGCGUGUGCAAAGACGCUUCUUAUCAUUUGCUGCCUAUGUACUUAAGAUAGAUCAUGUCCCUCAUGACUACUUCCCGGUGCUCACUGAACUACAUCUAACUUCACUGGUUGAUAGAAGAGCAACUGCUAAUCUAUCAUUUUUACGAAAGCUCUUGGACGGAUCAAUAGACGCUCCCACUCUUCUCUCCAGUAUCAAUUUUAAAGUACCACAGCGUUCCCUCCGUUCUUAUACAACAUUCUCCAUCCCAAAUUGCUCUACAAACUACGGCCGUAAUAAUCCUAUCUACCGUAUGAUGCGCAUAGCAAAUGAACAACCAUCAUUCCCUACCUAA